UCACACUAUUAAACAGAUCUAACUGUUCUCGAUUAAAAAGAAACACUAUUAAUAUUAUCAAUAUUUUAGUCAUUUUUUUUAAAUAAGCGCAUAACCUAGAAAAUUACAUUCAAAAUAGCGCGGCAAAAUGCCUUAUUGACAUUUGGAAGUCCUCUAGAUUUAUACAACAAUGUUCCGAGACCAUUUGUUUACAGUCAUGGCCGAUGUUCAAACCAGCAACAGGCACUAGUGGAUCUAUUAAAGUAUAAAAGAUGAAGAAAUUCUUUAAUACUAUAAAGAAGAAAACACAGGGUAAAGGAAGUUAUGACCCCCAGGAGGCAGCGGCCAGUGGAGGGGCUUCGGGAGGGUCCGAGGCGGGUUACGAGGUUCGCGAGAAAGAUCUUCCCAAAUUGCAUAAAGCAGCAUGGACGGGGGAUUUAUCUAAAGUCGUGCAACUUGUCAAAAAGGACACGAGUGCUCUCGACAAAGAAAACAGGACUGCACUGCAUCUUGCCUGUGCCAAAGGCCAUGCAGACAUUGUCAAAGUUCUCCUUGAGUGGCAUGCAAAGAGCAACAUUGGAGACAGUGAGGCCAAGACCCCACUACUCAAGGCAGUGGAAUGCGGCCAUGAUGACUGUGUGAAGCUAUUAAUAGAUCACAACGCCCAUGUUGAUGCUGUGGAUAAGUCUGGGAACUCGGGUCUCCACCUGGCGGUCCUAUACAACCAUCCAAAAAUCGUCAAACUCCUGACAUCCAAAGGGGCCAAUGUCAACAUAAAAAACAAGACUGAGGAGGGCUUUGCUCCCUUGCACAUGUCUAUACAGCUGAAGCGAGAUGAAAUCACCAGGGCUCUCCUCAUAGCCAAGGCCAACCCUGAUGUACAGGAUAACCUGGGCAGAACCCCGCUGAUGAUUGCCUGUUACGACGGUGCCAUCACGCCAAUCAGAAUGCUGCUACAGUUCAACGCACAGACCAUCAUCAAGGACAAGAAAGGGUUUACAGCAGAAGACAUGGCCAACAUGACAGGACAGUACGCUGCCUCCCAGCUCCUGAGUGACCACAGCAUGAAGCUGCGCCGAUCUGCAGGGGGCAGCAGUCUGGCUGGGAGCAUCACCCCCAGGGACACCCCCCGGGGAUCAGUAGGACCAUCCAGUGCCUCCACCACCCCCAGAGAUCCCUCAUUGACCAACAUGUUGCCAGUGGACAACAACGACAGAGCGUAUGACUCUGAGGAGGAGACGACCCAGAGCCGUGUGUCUCACAGUCAACAGGACGACUCCUGGGCCGACGACAGCGUCAGUCUGGGCCCCGAGGGCAAGAAAAAGAGAGUAAUGCUUGAUCCACUAGAAGAGGCUCCAAGAAUCAGUCUCGCCGCCAAACUUGGGAAAUUUGUGGACAGCGAACCUGAAGACGAAGAUCUGGAGGAGGAGGAGGAAUAUGCUGAGGACCAGCAGGUGCCCCCCUCUAACCUCCCCGGGCGACAGCAGCAGGGCUCGGUGAAGUCCAACCAAUCACACACCUCAGUGGAGGACAACAUUCCAUACGAUGAGGACCAGGAGGAGGAUGAAGAGGAAGAGGACAGAGAAGAAACUCCAGCCAAGAAACGAACCAUAUCCGCCAACAGGGUCUCCUUCAGAGACGAGUCGGAAAUACGAGAAAUUACGGAUGACAAUGAUACAACAGACGUAGAUGAGGACGAUGAAUCAGGGUCGGGGCCCAAGCGACCAAAACUGGACCAUCAGCAGAAUACUUCCUCGGGAUAUGUACCUACAGGUGUGUCCAGUUUUUCCCCAUCAGCAGGGCUAGACAAAGAGAAACAAAGAGCAGAGGCCAAUCAGGGGGAAGCUUUCCUGGCUGAUCUUGGUAUAGAGGACCCAGAGUGCUACAGCGAACCCGAAAUCUCCGAGCUGUCAGAUGAGGACCCACCCCUCCCCUCCACAAAGCCGCCUGGGGUCACAGAACCUGACCCAGAGAACGCAGACAGCGAGUGGGACUCCACUCAACCCUCCACUACACCACGUCCAGGGAUACUCAAAAACUGGAAACAGGCAAGUCAGGAAGAAGUAGAAAAGAAUACCAAGAAAAUCAUCACACCGAGAUCAGACGGAUCAGAAUGGGACAGUGAUGUGGAGAAUGAGCUGGAUCCUGAACAAGAAAAUGAGGUGGACAAUCAGGUUAAAGCGAGGUAUGAGGUGACCCAUUUUUCCGACAAUGACGAUGGUUUGUCCGACUCAGAGAGCGAGAUGACGGCCAAUCCCAAACGAAUUGAGGUCCACAGUGACGGAAGUCUGAAGGAAGUGAGGCGAGACGGAAGUUUGCGUGGUAUCGGAGAUUCCCCCAUCACCCUUGACUACACCCCCAGCGACGACGUCGAAAUGAACGUGUCCCCUUUGGAACCAUUUCAAGAAGAAACCAACGAUGAGGUGUUGGAUUUCACCAUAGAGGAGGAAUCGCCUCGUGUGGAUGGAACACACACAGAGGAUAUUCCAUUCUCUAUUUUACCUGAGGAAACCCUCAUACAGGGAAAACCUCCAGAUGUUGAGGAGGAAGUGAGCGAUGACCCAGAAACUGACCGGGAAGUGGCCCAGGUCUUGGCCCCAAAGAUAAUGGACAAGAACCAGAUGCCCCCUGGCAAACCUGUCCCCCGGGAUUCCCCUCAACAAGUCCCUUCUGACGAAGAGGUUGAGAGUUUUAACUUAGUGGUGUUGAAGCACAUUUCUGCACAUAGACAGACCACCAGCCAAUGGGAUUCUGCGACAGAUGAUGUGGCCACACCCAGAGUUCAGAAUAUGGCCUACUUCACUGAACAGAAAUCUAAACAGCAAGAGACAAAAGUGGAAGAAGAAGAUGAAGAUGAUGACGAUCUUCUUCCUGUAAAUACAACAGUCCAGAAGGUGGAGCCACCAGUACAGGAAGUAGAGCAAGAUCACGUGCAGGAGAAGACAACCCAACCAAAGAAACCCCAACAAACAGCACUGGAACAUGAAGAGGAUGAUGAAGACUCAGAGUGGGAUUCAGAGGAGGACAAUUUCCUGCCCUCAGACUCGGCCCCUCCAGUGUAUGGGGUCCCUCCACCUCCCACAGAAACAAAGGAGAGUUCUCAAAGGGGAGACCACUCUGUAUCGGAGGACAUUGAAGAAGAAUCAGUCAGUGAAUGGGAGAUUGAGAGACAAAUGGAAAAGAACCUGAAAGCUCAGCGGGAGAAAUUGAAAGAACAGAAACUGAAAGAGGAAGAAGAAAAUCGUCACAAGAAGUGGGAGGAGGAGCAGAGGCAGGCGAUGGAGGAGCAAUUCAGAGAGGAGGAAAUCCAAAGAGAGGCUGAGUUGGCAAGGCAACAGCAGUGGGAAGAAGAGGAGAGAAAAAGGCAGGAGAAACUAAGGAAGGAGGCUGAGGAAGAACAGAUGAGGGAAGAUGAAGAUUUUGAUCAGGUAGAGCAGAUGGAAGACCCAGAGUCCCCCAGAUCCCCACCCCCUUCUUUGGACUCCUCCACAGGCUCACAGAAACGGAAGGAGAUGAAGAAAGCCAGCUUUCUCCUUGUGAGAGACUUUGUGAAGUCGGAGGGCAUAAAGUCACCUGACACCCCACCCACAGUCCGUCUGGGCAUUGACCCCCGGCGGUCCGAGUCCCCAGAAUCCCCACAGAAAGAGGAAGUGAGGGAAGAGAUGGUUUCUAAAAAUAACACAUCCGACCUGCGGGCUUCCCCCACCCAGCAAGAGUUUACCUCAGUGAAGACCCAAGGGGUAAAACAAGACAGGAAGACUGAGUCACCUCCCCUGAUCACCUUUGACCCAGGGGCUGGUGGCCAGUUGCCAGAGAAGACAAGGGGACCAGUAAAGGAGGACAUCAUUGAAGUGACCACCAGUUUCAACACGGCGUCCCCCCGACCGACGGCUAGUGUCACAGAACAGCUACACAAUGGAUACGACAAAGACACUGACAUACAUGGGGGACAGAAGAAUCGCCCCGAGGGCCCGGCCUUCUCCCACAACCACAGUGUAGGCGUCAGCUCCUUUAGCUCCUCCCCUGCUGUCAAUCACAGGCGACCCAGCCCACACAUCACUAUAGGCUCCUCCCCUCCCAACAUGCACAGCGAUGGCAUGAGUGUGGAUGAUGAGGACUCCGUCGACUUUGAUUUUGACAGACCUGCAGACAAUAUGGGGAGUUAUCUUCGGGGCCUGCCUGGGGGUAACUACGGGCCGUAUCGAGGGUUAGAUCUGCCUGACGAUGACGCCUUCUCCUACACCUCCACAGAGAACGGAGACAGCAUGAUUUACCAGAGUAACACUCCCUACGGCAAGGACGUCCUCGCCUCCAUGAACCUCUCAGAUCCAGCCACUGUGCUCAAACUCCAGGAACACAUGCACGAACAGAACAAGAGGCUGGACCAGGAGAGGAAUGUCAGAAUGACCCUGGAGAAUAAGAUGAGGUCACUGAGCAAGGAGAAGAACGAACUCAUCAAGAAAGUAGACAACUUGAGUCAGACUCGAUCCUCCUUGGAGCAAACCAAACUUGACAUGGAGCAGAAGAUCCGCAAUCUCGAGUACAAUCUCAGUGAGGAGGCUGAGAUGAGAAAAAAUGCUGAGACGCUGCUUGGUAAAACCAAGGAUCAACUAACUCGAAAAGAGGAACAGUUCACGAGUGAGUUGGAGGCUAAACAGAAAACAGAACUACAAAUGAGGAACCUUCAGCUGGAUCUGAGAACAGCCAACAACAAUAUCAAACAGUUGGAGGAUGAGAAAUCAGACCUUCAGCGGCAGCUUCAGAAUGAAAAGAAUGCUCGGCAGCUUCAGGAGCAGUUUAACGAGGACCAGCAAAAGAUUCAACAGGCUCUUCACAAGGAGCAGAUCACGACCGAGGCUCAAAAGGAAUACACCUUAGAUGAUGAUGACGAAGACUCGGAAGCAGAAAAUAAACUGGAGGCAGUAGAUGAGGACAGGAAAUCAGCGAACGAAUUACUGCGGAAAUUACGUGCAGAAAAUAACGCCUUCCAGCUGGAAAUCCAGAAGCAGAGGCUUCGUCACAGGGAUGAGGUGACUAUGUUAACAACGGAGACCGAGGAACUACAGAGCAAGAUUGAGGAGCUGAAGAACGAGAUAAAGCUGAACGAGGAGGCGCUGUCUCACGCCACGGUCCAGUACAACCUCCAGACCAGCAACCUCCGCACAGAGAUCUCUGUUCUCAACUCGGUGCUCGAGAAGGAGCGAGACUCCAAGGAGAAGCUGGACACUGAGUUAUCAUCCUUGAAGACACGCUAUCACUCGAGUUCCCUAGAGCUUGACAAGGCAGAACAAGCCAGAAGUGAGGCAGAGAGGCGUCUCCAGCAUGAGAAGGAGGAGUGGUCCCGCCAGCUGGACACGCGGGAGAAGGAGGUCAGCAGUCUGAAGGACAACAUCCAGGGCCUGCUCCACCGCAUCACCAACCUCGAGAACAAACUCAACCUCACCGAGAAUGAGCUGCACAAGACUGAGGCCACACUGCUGGAGAAGAACAACAUGCUCAACAAGACUCAGAAAGACCUGGACUUCAUACAGAGUGCCCACACGGCCUCCGAGGAAAAAUGCCACACCGAGAUGGAGCUACAUAACAAGUUGCAGGCAAAACUUGAUCAGCUCCAAGAAAAACAUUCAUCCAUACAACACGAGAACCUGACCCUGAAACAACAGGUGGACAACCUACAGAGGAGUAUAGCUGAGCAGGGCGGGGACAAGAGUGUGGAAUACAACAAAAUUAUCGCCAGCAUGCAGGCCGACUCAGAAAAGAUGAAAAUUCACUGGGAAGAAAGAACCUCAAAUUUGUCAGACCAGUGUUCCAGACUCAAGGAGGAGAACCGUAACCUGGAGGCUCGACGGAGUCAACUCGAGCAAGAAAACAGCCGUCUGAACAGUGAGAUUGCGGACCAGAUCCGGAAGAUUUCUGUCGUGGAAGCUAAUUAUCAAAAUCUCGACCAUACACGGAGAAGUAUGGACGAGGAAAAGACGCGGCUCCAGAUGGAGAUAGAGAGAUACAGGGAAAAGUGCAAUCACGAGAGAGAGAAGUGCAUCGAGGUGCAGAGUAAAUACCAGACGGUUGAGGAGCAGCUGAGGAGGAUCCAGGAGAGGGAGGAGAACAACACCCAGAAACUCCUCAACAGCUCUGCCAACAUGGAGGCCGUCCACAAGUCAAAGACUGAGCUGGAGGAGAGCUAUCAGAACAUGAAGCUUGAGAAUGCCAAACUUGAGGCGGAGGUCAAACACGAGAGGCAGCGAGUCGAGAUGUUACAGAAGGACCUCAACGACUCGCAGAAGGUUCGUAACAGCUUGGAAGCAUUGUGUUCAAAUCUGAAGUCAACCAACUCCCAUCUUGAGGACAAAUUAGGGCAUGUCUCCGUCACUGACCUUGGCUCAGAUGAGGAGAGCACGACCAAGUCGCUGAUAGCACAGGAAGCAGAGGAGCACAAGGACUUGUGGGAAAAAGAGGUGAUAUCGCGCUCCAAACUCGGGCUGCGGAUCUCACAGUAUGAAAAGCAGAAGCAGGAUGCCUUUGUUCAGCUUGAAGAGGAGAGGAGAAAGCACAGAAAGACGGUUGAAGCCAAGCGGACAGUGGAAAUGAAGCUGGAAGCAGAAAUUGACAAAAAUACUCAGUUACAGAAAGAAGUGGCCAGUCUGAAGACUUACCUGAAGGUUGCCAAAAAGAGGCUAAAGGGCAUUGAUUCCCACGACUCAAGAAUUAACUCCCUUUCUGCUGACUUUGACAGAGAGCGCGUUACCAUGGAGAGCACCCUGUCCUCGGUCCGACAACAGCUUCAAGAUUUACAGCUGAACUUGGAGAGAGAGAUACAAGAAAAAGAGCUCUUGCAAGCCAAGAACUUCAAGCUGAAAAAUGAGCUUGCUGAGCAUGAGCGGCUCAAAAAGCUGCUUAAAAACCUGGAGCUUGCUAAAGAUAAGCUGCAGAGGGAAUAUGACGAGUAUAAGAAUAAGGUGGGAUCAGACUACGUUGAGAGGGAGGAUCUAGAGAGAGUCCGACGUGAAAUUGAAACUCGAUACCGAAUGGAACUGAAUCGGAAACUUGAGGACGUCAACAAUUAUCUGGAGGAACAAGCUCGAGCAAGGGAUAAACUGGACGUGUCUCGAGAUGAGACCGAAUUCAAGAUCAGGGAUGAUCACAAAAAGAUUCAGGAGGAGAACUCAUCCCUGAAGUUGAAGUACGAGCAAGCGGUGGCUGAGAGAGAGAGCCGCGAGAUGGAGGCCAAGCGUUACCGCGAGCUGUAUGAGAGCGAGAUGCAGUGGCGUAUGCGCCUCAGUAACCAGCUGAUGCAGACCUCGGACAAGGCCUUUAGCUACAAGUCCAAGUUAGUCUUAGAGAAACAGAAGAACCGAACGUUGAACACGCUGGGUAAUUUGACCUUCUCAGGGACGCUCAACGGCCAGCUCCUGGACGCCAGUCGGAUAUCGGGAACCACCGAGGACUUGUUCACCAGUAAGCUGAAGGCGGAGUUAGACCGCAGCAUCAACAAACACCUAGAGGCCGGAAUACGAUUUGAUGUCAAGUUGUUGUAAUGUGCACCUCAUGACAACAGUAAACCCGUGAUUCGCCUACAUAGUGACUCCAUGAAUUCCUCAUAUGCCAAAUCCAACGCAGACUACUUAGAAGUACUCCAGAGAAAAUACCAUGUAUAGCCUGUCUCUCCAUUAUCUCAUUAAUUCAUCUUCUCCUGAACUCUUGGACUCAUUCUCCUUCAGCCAUGAUUAGACACUGCGGUCAUUUCAACGUCUCGUUUUUUUUCCGUUGGAGAUAUUUACUGAUCCAUUCUUGAGUGCUUACGUAUUCUUGGAAUUUUCUUUAUGAAGGUUCUUAGUUUCGCUUUUUCGCAGAAUAUGUAACAAAUUUAGAGAGAAUGAAAAGCUAAAUUCUCUCCCCUUUUUUUUUUUCUCUCCUAUAUGAAAUAAUAUGCAAUAUUCUGAAUAUGCAUGGAGUUUAAUCAAAUAUCAUUAUUUUUUGUUGUCAUUUAAUUAUAGACCUACAUUUAUUACUCGCACAUUUAUUUUUUAACUGGUGACCUUGAAAUUGAUGAAUCACAAAGUGUAUAAAAUACUGAAGAAUGAUAAUAGCUCAUAGUGUUCUGUGGCAAAAAUUAGGUCAAUGUGACCUACUUUUUUCCUCUAUGUUUACAUGUACUCAGUUUUAUGCAAUAUAUGUUUUUAAACAGGUUACACAUUUUCUGUGAUAUUAUUUCAUUUAGUUUAAAAACUUAUUUACUAGGAUUUUUAAAGAUUAAUUUACAAUGAGAUCUGUGUAUUUACUAUUUAUGAACUUGAAAAAUAUGAGUUAAUUGAAAAAUUUUCUUGAUUUACAUUACAAGGUUGUGGUGAUUUUUAUUGCAAAUUCUGUUGGGAGCCCCUUGAGAUGUCAAAUACUCGUAUUAAUGUGGGAAAAAUUCGGCAUUAAUUUGUCUUUUCUUGAUUUGAAAUACCUUGAACAAAAUAUUCUUUUUGAUUUAGUUUUCUCAAAAAAAUAUUAAGUUGGAAUUUCAAAAAGAUUUGAAGGGUUUUUUUUUUAUUGGUAAUUUAAUCUAGUCAUCAAAGAGUGUGAGAGGGAGAAAAACGCAGAGUAAGCAUAUCAUUUAGUAAUCCAGAAAUGGGUAACUCGGAGAAUGAUUAGAGCUACAGUGAUAGGUUGCCUGAGUUUUAAGGAGGGUUUAUUUUUUGGUGAGUUGUUCAGCACUCCGUCCUGUCCUUUAGUGUUAGUUUGCACACAACCCGUGUCCAUCCAAUUUUUAUUCAUUUUUUUUACAUAUUUCAUCAUAUUUAACUAUAAUUUUUUAAAUAUUAUAAAUGUGAUAUUUUAAUAUAUUAAAAAUAUGUAAUACCCAAAA